CUCAGCACACUCAAAGCAGCUCAGCAUCAGGAACCUUAAAUUAUAGUGCACAUCUGACUGUGAGAUGAGCCUCGGACACCCUUUACACAUCUAUAACAACUUGCAUUGACUCUCUAUUUGGCAACAGAGCAGAAGCUCACGUGAGGGUUGCAGCACCCCUCACACAGAGUGAAUGUUAGUGAGGAAGGACAAUCAUACACAGUCAAAGAGACACAACAUGAUGGAGCUGAAAAUCCAGCUGAUACCCACAGGAGAAAUCAUACUGUCUCCAGGGAAUAAUGGAGAGUUUUACUGCCAAAGCUGCACUAAGGCUGUGGGCAGUGACGGAAUCCGAGUUAUGAUGGAGAACGCCCUGACAGCCAGGGACCGGGUGGGCGUGCAGGACUUUGUCCUGCUGGAGAACCACACCAGCGAGGUGGCGUUCAUCGAGAACCUCCGCAAACGCUUCAAGGAGAACCUCAUUUAUACGUACAUUGGCUCUGUGCUGGUGUCAAUGAACCCCUACAAAGAGCUGGAGAUCUACACUAAACAGCACAUGGAGCGAUACAGGGGCGUCAAUUUCUAUGAAGUCUCACCUCACAUUUAUGCCGUGGCUGAUAAUGCAUAUCGUUCCAUGCGGACUGAGAGACGGGACCAGUGCAUCCUCAUCUCAGGUGAGAGUGGUGCUGGCAAGACCGAAGCCUCCAAAAAGGUUCUACAGUACUACGCCGUCACCUGCCCAGCCAGUGAGCAUGUGCAGACUGUCAAAGAUCGCCUUCUGCAGUCCAACCCUGUGCUGGAGGUAAACAUUUAUGCCGUGGCUGAUAAUGCAUAUCGUUCCAUGCGGACUGAGAGACGGGACCAGUGCAUCCUCAUCUCAGGUGAGAGUGGUGCUGGCAAGACCGAAGCCUCCAAAAAGGUUCUACAGUACUACGCCGUCACCUGCCCAGCCAGUGAGCAUGUGCAGACUGUCAAAGAUCGCCUUCUGCAGUCCAACCCUGUGCUGGAGAGUUUUGAGCAGUUUUGUAUCAACUAUUGUAAUGAGAAGCUGCAGCAGCUCUUCAUUGAACUGACUCUGAAGUCGGAGCAGGAGGAAUAUGAAGCUGAGGGAAUUACGUGGGAGCCGGUGCAAUAUUUUAACAACAAGAUCAUUUGUGAUCUAGUGGAGGAAAAGUUUAAAGGAAUAAUUUCCAUCUUGGAUGAAGAGUGUCUCCGGCCUGGAGAUGCCAGUGACAUCACCUUCCUGGAGAAGCUUGAGGACACUGUCGGUGGCCAUGCACACUUCCUAACUCACAAGCUGGCUGAUGUAAAAACCCGUAAAGUGAUGGGUCGUGAGGAGUUCAGACUGAUCCACUACGCAGGAGAAGUCAACUACAAUGUGAACGGCUUCCUGGACAAGAACAAUGAUCUCCUUUUCAGAAACCUGAAGGAGGUCAUGUGUAUGUCUGAAAAUAAAAUCCUCACUCAGUGUUUUGACCGAGAAGAACUCACAGACAAGAAACGCCCAGAGACGGCAGCAACCCAGUUCAAGAACAGCCUGGCGAAGCUGAUGGAAAUUCUGAUGUCUAAGGAACCGUCUUACGUGCGCUGCAUCAAGCCUAAUGAUGCCAAGCAAGCAGGGCGUUUUGAUGAAGUCCUCAUCAGGCACCAAGUAAAAUAUCUUGGUCUGAUGGAAAACCUUCGGGUGAGGAGAGCUGGCUUUGCAUAUCGCCGUCGCUAUGAGACCUUCCUGCAGAGGUAUAAAUCCCUGUGUCCAGACACCUGGCCAAACUGGGAUGGCCGUCUGGUCGAUGGCGUUUCCACACUCGUCAAGCACCUCGGCUACAAACCUGAGGAGUACAAACUCGGCCGAACCAAAAUCUUCAUCCGCUUCCCCAAAACCUUGUUUGCAACCGAAGAUGCACUAGAAGUCAGAAAACACAGCCUUGCUACCAAACUGCAGUCAUCCUGGAAAGGCUACAGUCAAAAAACCAAAUACCGUAAAAUGCGACAAUCAGCUGUCAAGAUCCAAGCCUGGUGGAGAGGUAUUCUGGCCCGCAGAGAAGCAAAGCGUAGGAGAGAGGCUGCCAACACCAUCCGCAGGUUCAUCAAAGGCUUCAUCUACCGCCACCAGCCACGUUGCCCAGAGAAUGAAUACUUCCUGGAUUACGUUCGCUACUCAUUCCUAAUGAAGUUGCACAGGAGCCUGCCCAAAACUGUUUUGGAUAAGAGCUGGCCAACGCCACCUCCCGCCCUCAUUGAGGCUUCAGAGCAGCUCCGCAAACUCUGCAUGCAGAACAUGGUGUGGAAGUACUGCAAGAAUAUCAACUCUGAAUGGAAACACCAGUUGGAGCAGAAGAUGGUUGCAAGUGAAAUCUUUAAGGACAAGAAGGACAACUACCCACAAAGCGUCCCAAAACUUUUUGUGGGCACAAGGCUCAGUGGCGAGGACAUCAACCCUAAAUUGCAACAGGCUGUGGGGAAUGAGAAGAUGAAGUAUGCUGUUCCAGUGACUAAAUAUGAUAGAAAAGGAUACAAAGCACGCAACCGACAACUCGUGCUCAUGGCAGACAGUGCCAUCAUUGUGGAGGAGGCCAAGCUCAAACAGCGUAUCGACUACAGCUCACUGAAAGGGAUUUCUGUCAGCUCUCUGAGUGACGGCAUGUUUGUUCUCCAUGUUGCUUGUGAAGACAAUAAGCAGAAAGGUGACGUGGUGCUUCAGAGUGAGCAUGUCAUUGAGACGUUAACCAAAGUGGCCAUCUGCGCUGACAAGAUGAACAGCAUUAACAUUAACCAAGGAAGUAUAAAGUUCAAUGUGGCACAAGGAAAAGAAGGGAUCAUAGAUUUUACAUCUGGCUCAGAGUUGCUGAUAGCCAAGGCUAAGAAUGGACACCUUUCUGUGACUGCCCCUCGCCUCAACUCAAGAUGAUGGACGAGUCAUGACCAAGUACUUCCUGCGUUCUCACAGGAUCUUCCAGAUACGCUCCUUAUUUCAUCAAUCACAUGACUAAAGGUGGAGCUUCUCUCUGCCAAUCAGACGCCAGCCAGCUGCACCAAAAGCCUCUGCUUUAAGUUGUGAAAAUCCAGCAAACUUAUUUAUGUUUUGGGGGAUUAAUACUGUUAUAUGAAUAUUAUGAUUUUAUGUCAAAGCCAAGAAAUAACAAUAUAUAUGUGCAUUUUCCUGCACUCUUGUCUUUAUCUAGCUUAUUUGGAAAAUUUAAAUUGGUUAGAGAAGGUGACCUCAGCCAUGCUAAUGAGGUAAAUCAGGGUUCAUAAUGAGUAGUUAUUAGCUUCGGUUCUAUUUAUGUUCACCCGUGGUUUACUUUUACUUUUCCAUGGAUUCUGCAAUCCAAACCUACUCAGAACCAAUACAUUUUGCAUUCAUAGGAAAGAUAUUAAUUACUUUUUGCAUAGAGAAGAUGACUUUGAGAUGUUCACUUGAACGAUUAAACCUGUUCUACAAACUAUUUGUGCAACAUAAUUUUGCUCGCAAGUUAUUAAUAUUAGCUGACGUGUUAAAAAGGAGGACAAACUUUUAGAGAGAGUACGCCAAGUGCAUUGAGGGUGCGUGCCAUGUAUGAAAAGCUACCAAAAGAAAUCUUAAUGUUGAUGGAAAGAAUCUGCAAGCUAUGUCUGGUGAUAGCAACUAUGCUUGAAAACCAGCCCCGUUUUUUUAUAUCAUUCAUUAUUCUUUACCCACUUUAAGGGCUCAAUCUGAGUUUGGAGAUCAGUAAAUAUUUAUUUUCUCAGUCCCAAAUCUGUGCCUCAAAAUGAUAGGGUUAGAAAGUAUCUUCGAUGAGAUAUGUGAUCCUGCAAACAUGAGAAGAAAUCCAGUGAUGGACAAAAGAGAGAUUUUUGAGAGUGGGAGGAAAGGCCACUCUCAAAAAUCUCUCUUUUGUCCAUCACUGGAUUUCUUCUCAUUUGAAUCACUCUUGUAUUAGGUGUAUUAGGAGCUUUGUGCUCCUAAUACACUGGACACAAUAAUCUGUCAUAUUAAUGCCAUUUCCCACAUUAGCACUGCUCUAAGCUCACUGUAAAGCGUGUGAGGUAAGUUAGCCAUAAGAGUAGGGUAAGUUGUAUGUUAUCUACAAAAAAAUAUGUAACUUGGCUUGUUUAUUUCUCUGAGGCAGGUUUAUGUAUAUGUAGAUAAAAGGUAACAAAGCACUACUAAAUGUUGGCAAACCAAUAAAUGUUAUUUUAGAAACUAAAAAGUGGAAAUUUGGCAUACCCUUUGCACUGUAGGAUUUCGGGCACCUAAAACUCUUGAUAGCACAAUUGUUUUAUAAUGCCCUGAUGUCGUGACCGUCAAAGGAGAAUGAUCAGAGAAACAUUGAGCAUGUGCCAAUCGUAGCUGUUGUCAUAGUUGAGGAUGCUUAAAAGAAAACACUGAAAGGAAACACGUUAAAUGGUGGUGUAUGCACAAGUGCUGCAUGUAAUGCGUUUAGAACAAAUAUCUAUUUUUGACAUUUUAUAAAAAAUAAAAAUAAAUACCCCAAUAUUGUCCACACAAACUCUUGGCCCCCUAGUUAAGAUAAUUCAAACUUGUGAUUUUGUUUUAUAUAUUUGUGUAAAAUACCUGGAAGAAAUCUCUCAUUUUGAAGCAAACUGACAAUGUAUUUGAGCAUAUUAAAGCUGAUUU